CGCCAAAAGCACGAAACUGCUUCAUUUGAUCGGAAUGACCAAGUUGUCGAUCAAACUAUGCGUUGCAAGGGAACGGAGACAUGGUUCCCAAGUUCAAUUAUAUAUUUAAAAGAUUGUAAAUUUCCUGAAGAGAAAGCUACUCUGAUGAUUCCGGCGGCAUGAACGGACGACAGAACGGACCUCACGGUGAGCAUAUGAAGAAAACACUUAAAACCCGGACAGCUAAAAAGGCAGACGACAUGAACACGGAAUAUGUUUUAAUGAAAGGUAGGGACUAAUCACACUUUUAAAACAUUUAUUUCCUUUGCUGUUUGAUUUUCAAGACCUCAGCUUGUAGAUAAAUAAGACAAAUUCCCAAAGAAACACUCACAGCUGUCCCCCGGCUGGAGCAUAAAAAAGGUCACCAUCCAAUUUGUUAAACUUAACUUUUAAACUGUUCUUUUGAUAUCCGUAACAGCGGAUAUAUGCCAAAAGUUUUUACAAAGUUUUGGCCCGAACUUCUUAUUUAAAUACAUGUAGAUGAUUAUUCUAAUUAUUUUAUUGUUCUUUUUUGAUUCAUGUUAAGCCGAGUUUUGGGGACUAGAGAAAAUAGCGAGGUGUAAAAUUCCUUGUGCUUGGUUUUCUUGAUAACUCAGAAUUCAUCUUCUUCUAAAACGCCUAGGGAGGUUUGAUCUGUUCUUAAUUAGUCCUUCGCCGGCAAUACAAAUGCUGGUCAUCAUAGAUAGUUUGGUCGCUUGGAAUCUAUUGUUUGUGUUUACUGACUCGGAAAGUCAAGGAAUGAAGUAUGAAAGAGGCUACAAGCGUGAGUCUGUAAAAUAAAGACGGAGGGCGAAACGCUCACGCUCACGAAACGCUCCCGCUUACGUAAUCCUUCGUGCUUCAACUUCCCACGUUAAGCCGUUGCAUCUGCCUGUUGGGAUUAUUUAUUGUUUUUAAGCUCAGAAACAUCGAAAAAAAUCUAGCGAGAAAAUGAUAUUAUUUGUUUCAGUCCGAAAAGCAGCAAUAAGAUGCGUAUUAUUUAUAGAACCGGUACCACUUCUUGUGUCCUUUCAUAAAAACGAACAGGUAAGUUACCAAGCACAGUGUUGAACUUGAAAUUUUUAACAUGAAAACCUUUUUGCCUGCUUUUUUAUCCACAAGUAAUAGAAAAUAACCGGUAUUUUAAUCCCCAAAAAUAAAGGAACUAUUUUGUCGAAUCUAAUAAAUUACAUCUAUGCGAAAUUUAUCUAUUUUUAAGUGUUAAUUGCCCUUCCUUUCUUAAAAUAGUAAUCAUUUAUUAAAAUUCUCCUUACGUCGCGUGCCAGCGCCAUGCAGUAUAACCGCACUUUUGUUCAUAAUAAGUGAAGUGAAACUAUUAACGUUCUGUAACCUAUUUAGUCCCAUUACUUUUCACUCAAAAUAUCUCCUUUUCAGACUGGCUCUAAUCUUUCGGCAGAUUUUUCGAGGUUGCGUAGCACCGAGAGUCAUAAUCUGUCUGUAGUUAAAUGUCGUGGGUAGUGGGUAGAGGUCGUGGGCGGUGGGUGUGGGUAAAUGUCGUGGGUAAAAAAAAGUAUAGGAAUAAAAAGAUAAAGUAAAGCAAUUGAAAAAAAUAUAGAAAAAAGUUUUAAAAUAUUUAUGAAACGAAAACUUCCUACUCCUUGAUUGUUGCCCUUUUCUCGGCUGCUUCUUCGUCCUCUUGCCAAUGAAGAUUUAUCUGAGCGAUCGCCGCGAAAAUAAACGAAACAGACAUAAAAUAUGUCGAAACGUGCAAUUUGCAGAAAGCAUGGGACAGCUCGGACUCGCUGAAUUGAAAUAGCUGCUUACAAAAAUUAAUCUUUAUUCGAUACACAAUUCCAAUGAUCAGCGGAGAUUCUUUAGCACGAUUGAAUGCAAUCACCGUGGGAAAGGGGAGGGGAAGUGAGGGGAAAAAAGUAUAAUUUUGAGCUCUUACAAAAUGCAUAGUAUUAAUUUAUGCAUUAGGUUCUGUACAUGAAAUGUUCGGCGUCUGAAUCAAAGGCGUUCCUAACUGAUUUAGGCGCCGAACUUUGCAUGAGCCGGACCUAAUACAUUGAAUUAAGAACAUGAAAAGUUCGGCGCCUAAAUCAACUAGGAACGCCUUUGAUUCAGACGCCGAACAUUUCAUGUACAGAACCUAAUGCAAUUAAUAUUAUGUAUUUUGUAAGCAGUUUGACCGAAAUGAGCAUUUAUUUCCUUUUGAAUUAAGAUCGGCGUCUGAAUCAAUUCAGCCAGUCUAAAUAAUCUGGGUCGGCCUUAAUUCGAAUUAGGUCCAGCUCAUGAAAUGUUGGGCGUCUAAACCGAAGGAACCACCUUCAUGCUCAACUUUUCAAGUUAAGGCUAGACUCUAUGUAAAUUUUAUUGCCGUACGGAAAUGCAAUUUUCUCGAUUCUUUUUUGUUUUCCUUUGCGGUACAAAAUCUUUGCUGUAACGAUUCCGAAGGAAGGACGUUUUAGUCACUAAUGUUGACAUCUUUGAGAAAAAGCAGUUCAGUAUCCAGUUUUUCUUCAGCCUGGAUCAGGUUUACAUAGUGUACAGAGUUUCUUUUAUUUUUCGCCUAAAUGCCUUUUAGUGUCCGUUUGUACUAAAGGAUUCGCUUAUUUGCUUUGCUGACCGCGGGGAAGGGGAAUAGGUCUCCUGGUAAUGAACGCGGAGAUUUUUCGUUUCAUGAAUUUUUACAACUUUUUGCUAUUUAAUUUUUUAAUUUAAUUUUUUUUUGGAAAAAUUAUUUUUUAACCAACACCCACACCCACACCCACGACCUCUACCCACUACCCACCACCCCCGACAUUUAGCUACACUCAUUUAGGGCACAAAAGAGAGGAGGUCAAGCCCGAAUCAAGGCUCCUAUUUUUCGUGGCAUGUACUAAAAGCCGUAUUAAAACCAACAACGAAACGAAACCACCGAAAUGAAUCGAAACGGCCGAAACAAGUGUAACGGCCGAAACGACGAAACAAAACAACUGACGUGAUCAAACAAGCGAGCCGGAUUCGCUUUGUUGUAUGUAUUUAUUCGAUAGAUUUUCGCAGUUGUUAAGAUGUGAAGUCGCGUUGCACUGAUAAAUACUUGAGUCAUCAAUGAUUGUGUAACCUAUUCAUUUUUCAUACUCACGUCUUGAAUGAUGUUGGCUUGGUGUCUUAGAUUUACAAGGUCUUUGCCUCGAGGUACUGCCUUUGAUUGUGGACGAUUGCUUGAAAUUACAGCAUUAUUGCCCAGACAUCAUUGGAAAUUUUCAUUUUAUAUUUAUAGACUGUAACUAUUGAAGUAUACUCUUUUUCCAGUUUGACUAUUCUAUGUACCAUAAGGCAGUCAGUAGAUACCGUGUAACCUAUGCCUACACACUGGCUCCUUAAGAAUUUAUCUCCUCCUCAUUUCUUAUCUUUUUUGAGGAUGGAGGCAAUAUUUUAUCCUCCCACGCAGACGUUCUUAGUGCUUCCGCACGCGUUCAUUUCCCCACGAAAGAACGACUGUCGAAGCCCUAAAACUUCCGUGUGGGAGGAUAGCAAUAUACGACCGUUUCGAUGGUAUAUUGUGUUGUAAGCUGAUCAUUCAUAGUGAACUCAAAAGAAUGGUUUUCUAACUAAAACUGAACGGAAGAAACACAAGAUCAGAAUACACACAAAAAAUAUUGCUCGGUUGAAGUCACUACUUUUUGAGGAGAAUAUCUGCAAAAAAUGAAAAAAAUCUUUUUUGUCCCGAAACUGUGCCGAGGUACAAUGCUUUGAAGAAAGACUUCGAGGAGGAAGAACUUAGAAAUAUUUUGAAUGAAUAGUAAAACAAUUAAUAUUGAAUUCAUAUGAAGAAUUAUUUUUACAUGAGCUCGGAUUCCUUUGUUCUUUUCGGGGGAAUAUAUUACAUAACCCCCGAAUCAACUAUCUGAAAAGAUAGGGGCGGCUUUGAGUGUUUGAAGGGAAGAGCGGGGCUAAUGAACGGCUAAUUAAAAUGCGAGGGGAUUAUGUAUUAAUAUGCAAGGGGGAUAAGUCACUUAUCCCCCUUAUAUUUAUAAUAUUUAUAAACUUUAACGAUUGAAGUAUACUCUUUUUCCAGUUUGACUAUUCUGUGUAUCAUAAGGCAGUCAGUAGUUACUGUGUAACCUAUGCCUAGCUGCACACUGGCUCCUUAAUUAAGAAUUUAUCUCCUCCUCAUUUCUCUUUUUUUUUUUGAGGAUGGAGGCAAUAUUUUAUCCUCCCACGCAGACGUUCUUAGUGCUUCCGAAAGCGUUCAUUCCCCACGAAGGAACGAGUGUCGAAGCCUUAAAACGUCCGUGUGGGAGGAUAGCAAUAUACGACCGUUUCGAUGGUAUAUUGUGCUGUAAGCAUUUCAUUCAUAGUGAACUCAAAAGAAUGGUUUUCUGACUAAAACUGAACGGAAGAAACACAAGAUCAGAGUACACAAAAAAUAUUGGUCGGUUGAAGUCACCACUUUUUGAGGAGAAUAUCUGCAAGAAAUGAAAAAAUCUUUUUUGUCCCGAAACUGUGCCGAGGUACAAUGCUUUGACGAAAGACUUCGAGGUGGAAGAACUUAGACAUAUUUAGAAUGAAUAGUAAAACAAUUAUUGAAUCCGGCUUUUCGGAUGAUGUGAAGAAUUAUUUUUACAUGAGCUCGGAUUCCUUUGUUCUUUUAGGGGAGAAUAUAUUACAUAACCCCCGAAUCAACUGUCUGAAAAGAUGGGUGCGGCUUUGAGUGUUUGAAGGGAAGAGCGGGGCUAAUGAACGGCUAAUCAAAAUGCGAGGGGAUUAUGUAUUAUUAGUAUAAUUACAUUGAUGAUUAUCGAAAAUAGAGCGCUAUGAUUGGCUAGGAGCUUUGCUUCAUCCCGCUAUAAUCACCGCGCGGUGAUUAUAACAUAGAAGGCUAGCAGUUUUCAAAAUGGCAGCCAGAUUUGUUGAUGUUUCGGAGUCGAAAAUUGAUCAAUAAUUUUAUUUUCUCGAAUAAUCAUCAAUGCAAUUAUACUAGAACAAUUAGUCGCCUCAGGCGACGUGAAUAUCGGCGAAUAGUCACCUCGACUUCUUCUCCGUGACUAUUCGCCGAUAUUCACGUCGCCUGAGGCGACUAAUUGUUAAAUAUUGAAGGGCGAUAGGUCACUUAUCCCCCUUGCAUAUUAAUACAUAAUCCCCUCGCAUUUUAAUUAGCUUUUCAUGAACAAAAAAUUCGCAAAUGUUUAUUGGAAAUAUUAAACACGACGCUACAAUUACUUAAACUAGUAAUAGUUGACACUACAGCUGCCCCCGCUCUGUAUAUUGUCGGUCAAUAGUAUUCUUGCUCGUUGUGUAGCUCUUUGAAAUAUACCGAUUCAUAAUGAAGAUUUUCACAUACAAUAGGUGAGAUACAUACAGGAAACGCAAGGUUCCAUGCACAGUUUCAGUUCGAUUUACACAGCUUUGAUCAAAAUAUUUUCAGUUUCGAGAAUAGUUUAUUCUAAACGAUAAGAAAAGAUUUAAUUAGAAGUUGAUUUUUUCGCUAUUUCUCCUUCACUUUUUACUUUAGGAGAGGGAAGUUCCACUGUUACACAAACCACGCGAAUUGUGACAAAUGGGAGUGAAAGCAGUUCUUCAACAACUACUUACCAGGUAUCUAUGUUUCGCUUUCAUGACCAAUUUAUUCAAAGGUGGUUUACUUUCAAUUAUGUAUCAUUAAUUAGGCAUAUGAAAAAUAUUUGAAGACAUCAUAACGCUUAAACAUUCCUGACCUUCCCUAUUUCAUUUCUUUAACCAAUUUUAUACCACUUCUUAUAUAGGACCUAUAAGGUUUUUUACCUGAAAAUACGUAGAUAUUUAAGUCCAAAGAUAUUGCCACAUUUAUCAGUGACUCUGAGAUCCCUAAUACAGUAAAAACCUGCGUGUAAGAAUCUAGUGGUUUAAGAACCUGCUGGCAAAAAAUAUUUGCCGUUUUAAUAUCCAAAAUAUAAGAACCUUUUUUAUCUGGGUUAAAGUUGAAUUAUGAUAAACGUUUACAAGGAGAUUGAAUUUGAGAUCUGAAAACUCAUAAUCAGAAAAUAGCAAAACAUAAGAGUAUUAAUAUGAUUGUCAUUCCUACAACAACAACAAAAAAGGUUACAUAGAGCACAUGGUGUAAACUACCUCAUGGACCCUGCAAAAAGGAGCUUCUUUGCAAUAUACAGUUAUGAAUAAAAUACUGUAUAUCUCAGGACCACACCCAAGUUUUCGUUUUUAACCCUAACCCAAAAUCCAUCUACUUCAUAGCGGAGAGAAGCGUGCACAACGGUGCACCAUGGGUUAGAAAAUAUGGUUGUCUAUGAUCCGGGAAAUUUUGUUAGUGACUUGCUGUCACGUGACCGUACGCCCUUCCGUCUUCACCACACUAACAUCAAUGUAAAAGAAAAAACUCCAUCAACAGGUAUGGCAACCAAAAAUGAAAAUCGAGGUUUUUUUGGCGGGAAAUCGCGUGACCAACCGCUUCUUGUGAAGCAGCGAUAAUUAAAGAGUCACUAAGACAAAACGGAAAGCGGAAAUUGUCUCUAUAUCCGUGUUGUCUCAAGUAUUAAGCUUAGAUUAAUUGUCAUAUCCUCAGAUUUGGAAUAUAGGGAAAGAGACAGACAGAGAAAACGAGAAAGUAGGCGACAGGCUAGCGAAACUCAAAGACAAAGAGAGCGACAUAGAGCUAGAUCAAGCGAUAAAAAGCAAAGGAGACGAAUUUCGUAGCAAGGACAACAUGAACAUUUUGUAGCGGCGGUGAGAAAAUAAGAAAUUCUAGCAGUCAGCAAGGUGAAAAAAGAGCGGCACUGAAAGAAAAAAAGAAAAAAGGAAUACAAGGAACAAAAUUUUUUGUCAGCACAUACAACAUUUUUUCCAUAAAACGUGUAAUGAGGAAGUUUCACGUUGCAACAACAACGGAAAAGAAAUGUUGACAAAGCUAGUGUGCUGCAUGUGCAAAGUUGUUGUUUGCUAAUUAGACUUAUUAUUUCUUUGGCCGUUCUCGUCGCCGUCACCGUUUAGUAUUACACGAUUUUAUUUUUUGAGUACAUUAUCAGUAUAUUAACGUGAACUUCGCUUUUAUCCCUGGCUAUCAUCUUAUCGCACCCAAAACCCAAAAAGUAGAAGGGCAAAUCCCAAAGGAUAACAACCCCGUGAAUGAUAAUUAUAAAAAAAUGCAAACUUCCUCUGUCUCUGAAGGUGUAUCUAAUUUUUCUUCCAGGACCCUAAAGAGGACUUUCUUAAGUUAAAAUCGCCCUCACAGAUCUCAGGAGAAGAGACUAGCAGAUACACGGUGACUCGGACCAGAAGAACUAUCACAAAUUCAGGAGGACAAGUUAGUUCCACUACUAAAGACGAGAAAAUUUCUUACUUUCUUAUCAGCCUCUUUAUAUACUAGACUCGCUUUCUAUUAACGCCCACAAGAAGAAAUAAAACUAAUAAUACAUUAAACUAUUCAGAGUAACAUACUAAGGCCUAAAGAAUCAAGUUAGACGUACAACAGGCCAACUAAAUUCCUUUGUUAACUUCGUUAACCAAGUUCGAUCUCUUCGAUAUUUAAUUCGGCUUUGUAAGUUAUAGAAACAUUUGCCUCUGCUUGAGAUAAAAUACCAAGCAGACCUUCAUUUCCAGAAUGUUUUGGUACCUUCGUUUAACUGAGAUGUUUCAAGGAAGCAUAACAAUAUGGUAUAAACUGUGUCAAUUUAGCCACACAAAUUUAAUACCUUACAUUUUCUAAUCAACAGACCCUACAAUCUUCAGCUGAAAAUUCCCAAACCGUCAUGAAAACAACAGAUGGUAGAGAUAAAUACAUUCUAGAUAAACAAGGAGAUGAAACGGAUGCCAAAUACAGAGAACUGACAUUGCAAGUUACACCUAUAUUAGGCAAAAACAUAAAAGAAAGUCAGCAGACACUAUUUCCGAGGGAAGAUGAAAAUAAGCAGAAGGCUAAAAUUACUGUUCACGCAAUAGAGGAGGCAAUGACAACUAACAAAGAGCCCACGCCCGUAAGUGUUAAGCGUGGUUAUGAUAAUGCGUGAUCCUUUUAUAUACUAGACUUUUUUGGCGCUUUAGUCAUCUUGUUAAUAAUUCCCUUUACUUUUGACUGACAUUUUGGUUAGACGUCCUAACUUGGCAAUAGUGAGCUUAAGCAAGAAACACGGCGGUGGUUAUGAAACGUACAAAAAAGCGUGAUGCACGUGCAAAGUUGUUUUUUGCCAAUCUAAGCCUGUUCCUUUUUUGCUGUUUUCGUUGUCGUUACUGUCGUCAUCGUCGUUGCUUAAGCUCCCUAUUGUUUAUAAACAUGUUUGCUUUGUAAAGUAGGUUAACAAGACAACUACUGUCUUGUUCACGUCCUUUACAAAACCCGUGAAAUUAGGUAAUUAGUCACGUCGUUGUUGUUGCAAACCGUGAUGUACGUGCAAAGUUGUUGUUUUGCUAACCUAAGGACCUGUCCACACUAAUGCCUUUUCAAAAGUAUGCGUUUUCGUUGUCAUCAACAACGUGUCGAUUGAUUUGCGUCCACACUAAUGUUUUGAUGCUUUUUCGACUGUCCGUAUCAAGAAGUUCGAAAACGAUAGAGUUGCAUGUUGAGAAGUAAUUUGAACCAUGUGCGCAUCCUACAAUCACGCGCGUGCGAUAUUUCCUCUGUCUCUGAAGGCGUAGUCUAAUUCUUGUUCGAAGACCCUAAAGAGGACUUUCUUAAGUUAAAAUCGCCCUCAGGAGAAGAGAGUGGCAGAUACACGGUUACUCGGACCAAAAGAAUCAACACAAAUUCAGAAGGACAAGUCAGUUCCACUACUAAUGACGAGAAAAGUUCUGACUUUCUUAUUAGCUUCUAUAUAUACCAGAUUCGUGCUCUAUUAAGAAUAAGAAUAAAUAAAAUUAAUAAUAUAUUAAACUAUUCAGAGUAACCACGGCCUAAGAAUCAAAACAGACGUAGAACAGGUCAACUAAAUUCCUUUGUUAACUUCGUUAACCAAGUUCGAUCCCUUUGGUAUUUAAUUCGGCUUUGUGAAUUUACAAAAACAUGUGCCUCUGCCUGUGGCUGUGGAAUUUCAAAGCAGGUCUUCCUUUCCAGAAUGUUUUGGUACCUUAGUUUAACUGAGAUGUUUGAAGGAAGCGUAACAAUAUAGCAUAAACUGUGUCAAUUAAGCCACACACAUUUAAUACCUUACAUUUUCGAAUCAACAGACCCUACAAUCUUCAGCUGAAAAUUCCCAAACCGUCAUGAAAACAACAGAUGGUAGAGAUAAAGACAUUCUAGAUAAAAAAGGAGAUGAAACGGAUGCCAAAUACAGAGUGACAUUGCAAGUUACACCUAUAAUAAGCAACAACAUAAAAGAAAGUCAGCAGACACUAUUUUCGAGGGAAGAUGAAAAUAAGCAGAAGGCUAAAACCACUGUUCACGCAAUAGAAGAGGUAAUGACAACUAACAAAGAGCGCAUGCCCGUAAGUGCUAAGUGUGGUUAUGAUAAUGCGUUAUCCUUUUAUAUACUAGACUUUUUUGGCGCUUUAGUCAUGUUGUUACUUCCCUUUACUUUUGACUGAUAUCUUUGGUUAGACGUCCUAACUUAGUAAUACGAAAACUUUACUUUACAAAAAGUGAAUAUGAUUUGCUUCAAACUUUAUCGUACUUAUUCCAACCAAACUCUUUCAAUUCGUCAAAUGUUGGCAAAUGUGUUCCGGGUUUUUAUUGUAAAAGACUGUAUCGAAGUUCAGGAAAAGAAAAAGAAAGUCGUUGUCUUGUGUUCACGUUCUCCACAAAACGUGGACUUAGGCCGCAUUUUCACGUCCCAGUCGUGCAGUGACGGCAAAAAAAUGUACAAAAAAGCGUGAUGCACGUGCAAAGUUGUUUUUUGCCAAUCUAAGCCUAUUAGUAUUGCUUUUUUGCCGUUCUCGUUGCCGUUACCGUCGUCGUCGUCAUUGCUUAAGCUCUCUAGUGUUUAUAAACGUGUUUGCUUUGUAAAGGAGGUUAACAAGGCAACAACUUUCUUUGAAAGGAAGUAGUUGUCUUCUUCACGUCCUUUACGGGACAAGAAAACUAUUUUUUUUGUCUUGUUCACGUCCUUUACAAAACCCGUGAAAUUACGCACUUAAUCACGUCGUUGUUGUUGCAAUGUACAAAAAACCGUGAUGUUCUUCCAAAGUUGUUGUUUUUCCAAUCUAAGGCCCUGUCCACCGUGACACUAAUGUAUUUCAAAAGUGUGCGUUUUCGUUGUCAUCGACGACAACGCGUCGAUUGAUUUGCGUUCACACUAACGUUUUGAUGCGUUUUCGACUGUCCAUAUUAAGAAGUUGGAAAACGAUCGAGUUGCACGUUGAGAUGUUAGUUGAACCAUGUCCUUAUCCUACAAACACGCGCCUGCGAUAUUUUCGGUCAUCCUUUUCAUUUUCAUUUUUCGUCGUCGUUGCUUUAUCCAGUUGUGGGACCAUUUUUUUCAUUCUCUCCUGGAUAGUUUAAGAUUGUGAAGUCAAGAAAAAAAAAAGUGGGGCAGAAAAUCGCGUACUCGCGCAGUACUUGGUUUAAUUAUUAUUUACUUCAGUUACUUUCGGAGCGUUUCCCGUAACGGGGCUCAGCUGCGCCGCGCUGAUCUUGAAAGAUGAUUAUGGCAUGUCGGAUAGGUUUAUGUGCCUAUGUGAACGGUCAUUCAUACGAGCCGGAUUUUUUUUUUUUUUCGUGUCGACGUAAUAAGCUGUCCGGUAUAGUGCAGACAUGGCAUUAGUCUCUGGUCCAAGGAUAACAAGAUUUGAAUUUAUGGGUGAUUGUGCCUAAGCCGUGUCCGCUAACACCUAUUUCAUUUUUUCUUCCUUUAAGAGACUGUAGUUCCACCUUAAUUUACAUUAAAACAUGUACAGCUAGUGCUAAGAGAAAAUAAUAAGAGACAUAUUAUAAUGAUUAACGGCUAAUGUAAGCAAUGAACUGAAGACAAGGCCGGCGACCUUUCGUUUUUGUAGUAUCAUGAAUAACAUCUCUCAGGUCAACAUCUCGCUGAACUCUUAAUUUCUUUCAUUAGGUACAGAGAACGUCACUAAGUGGUACAAGAGAUGUUCUGUUGAUUUCAGCGGAAAGAUUCUCCAACGGCGGAGGCACGGCACGUGAAGCAGAGCCUGCUAACCAUGAUUCUUCAUAUUCCCUCACUGAUAAAGAUGGCAGGCCUGCCUCUGGAGUCAGCCCAGCUCAAUAUUAUAAAUAUAGCAUAGAUAAUUCAACUUCUGCAAGGUAAGUGAAAAAAAAUUGACUUCGGCUUAUUUGGAUAUUUUAAAUUGCUGAGCAGUGACCUUUUUGUAACUGUAUAUCUUUAUGGUUGCAUUUUAUUUGUUUUUAUCAGUUGCUUUUUUUAUCUAUCUGUUUGUUUAGUUAUUGAUUUACAUUUCUCCAGUUGUCUAUUUAUUCAUUUAUUUAUACAAUCUUUCGAUAGUUUGUUAUAAUAUUUUGGGCACAAUCGUUACUCUAGAGCAAAUCGAGUGAUUCAGGACUCAUUAAUGCCUUUAAAUAGAGAUUAAAAAAACAGCUUUUUUUCUUGUUCCUGAUUCUCCGAUCGUUCAAUGUGAUGUUGUUAAUAACGACGAUGAUCAUAAUUAUCGUAAAAUCUUAUUUACUUCAUCAAAAUAAAUUAAUGUGGUGGUGUUUAUUAAAUUUUUGGUAAACAGUGGGGAACUCGAGUUCGUUAAAGUGACAAAUGACGAGGAAAAUUUGUGACUACAAAAGCUUAAAAAUUGCAUUGAAAAGGCCACAUUGAUUAGUUUAGGUAUCUUUAGAAGAGCAAAAACAUCAGCUGCAUGACAAAGACUCAAAGCUUGGAACUCAAUUCCAAUGUCAUUUUGUCCACGUGAGCUAUCAUUCAGUUAUACUUUUUAGAUACAUGACUCAAAUUGAGAUCAAUUUGGAAGGAAACCGAGACAAUAGUGGGUAAGACAAAGGUUUGCUUCUCUUUUCACACCAUCACAAGCAAACUGACGUACUAAUCGAAACUUCCUUGUUCAUAACCGGUAAAAAUGGUUUGAGUGGUAUUUUGUAUGAUUUUUUAUUUUAAUUAGCUGGUAACUGGUAGCACAGUGUUUAUGGGGUUUAUCUAUUUGUUUAGGUCCGACCGCAUCAUUUUUCAAACAUGUUUAAAUAUGGCUUAGCUAAACUAGUUUAAAGGACGGUGUUCUCCGAAAGCCAAAUGGUAUUUCGAGUUUACUAGUCUAUAAAAGCCAAAAUCAUCGUAAUGUUCGCUUUAUUAUCUCAGGUUUCCGAUCACUUAAGCUAUCGAAAAAGGGCCGAAGAAAGUGCAGUUACUUUUUAACAUUAUUUUAUUUUUCCGAGUCGCGUGUGUCACUGACUGAAAAAUCAUCUUUCUCACAUUAAAACAUGUUUGAAAAAAAGAACUUUGGAGCUACUGAAAGUAGCGCAGUUGUUAUACAUUGCCUCAUUUUAUCUAAUCACUAAUGAACUGACACAUGCACUGAUAUACUAACACAUACCGGUGAAGACUAGGAAAUUGUUGAGUGGAACAUGUCUUUACAGCAUGCUCCCUCUUUAGCACUGAAUGGAACACACCGAAAAUCUAAGGGUGUGUUCCAUGGUCAUUGGGACGAUCAGGAUCAGGAUCGACCAUCCUAGAUCACUCAGAUCAUCGUGCAUCAAAUGAAUCAAUCAGUCCUUUUCCAGGGUGGAUUCAUCGGUUCUUUUGAUUUGAUGCCUAUCCAGAUCUUUCCAAUUGAACACGCACAGAUUCGAUUUACUUUGUCGCCACUUAAUAGGACAUGGAUUCAAACCUGUUGAAUUUCAUGUAAACUGUUUCUGGAGCAGAAUUUUCUCCGUGUAUUGUCUAUCGAGUACUCCCACUUGUCCGGCCUCAACAAUUUUGACUGGAUUGUCUCCAAGUAUGUCCCGGCGUCUUAGUUCGUAAGACGAUCUGAGUCACCUUGUUCCGUCUUUUUUUUUUUUUUAUUUUAUAUAAAUUUCUGUUUUGGUGGGUUGUCAACAGGUCCAACGAGUUAGUGGAUUAUCUAAAGAAGAAGCUUGAUACCGUGGAUCAAAGCCUAUCUGAUUUGGAAUGCAGUGUUAAGCACUCAGACAAGGAUUCCAUGGACUUGAAAUCCGCUAAGAAUGCUUUGGAUCAGCACAAGGUAAAAAAGCAUCUUUUCUUCCGAUAGCAGUUUAAGAUAUUACAAGUUAUGUAAAUUCCCGGGGGUACUGCCAUAUAUAGGCCCCACCCAGUUUACUCCCUUAAUAUUAGGCGAAUUUUGUUUACCUAUUUGACAAAUGAUCUUUUUUGCAGGUGUGAUUGCAAGUUAUGUAAAUUGUACGUCCUCUAUUUAAAGUAACCUAUCAUCAUUCAAUUUUGCAGUUACCAUGCGACAUAUUUUGCAACUUAAUGUCCAAAUAAAGCGUGGCACCUGUAUUUUGCGCAAAAAAGUACGGAAAUCAUGUGUUUUUCACCGAUAUUUAUUUAGUAAAAAAAUCCAUUUGAUAGUUAGGUAAUUAGACUACAGUGUAAUGCGUUCUGUGCCCAUUCGCUAUAGAUGUUACUAAGACAGCAUUCACACUUGGUGCCUUGCUACAGUGCACUGAUGUGAACACAACCUUUUUUGAAGUACCUACGCUAGAAUUCGGGCACGGUGCCGGUGCCUAAGUUAAGAUUAAGCCCUUGUACUCAGGCGCAAAGUGAGCACCGCGAACUUGUGUGCACACUGUUUUUGUUACUUUUAAGGCAAUCCACUGCUUUGUACUCGCUGCUAAGCUUACGUCUCAAAAAUGGCGUCUGAGUGGAAUUAACUAUGUACACAGUUACAUAUCGGGUACUCAGGGUGUGAACACAACACCAUUUUGUACCUUUACCCAGACACUGGUUCCCGGGCACAAAAGAGUGGACAGGCCCGUAGAAGCUGGUUAAUUUUCUUUUUAUCUGAUUCGUAUCUCAGGAGGUACUCAACCAUUUAACGUCAGUAGAAUCCGACACAUAUGAUGUUCAGGAGGAAGGAAAGCAAUUGAUAAAAGACAAGCGCUUUGACAGAGCACAUGGGGAAUACUUUCAUGAUAGAAUUGAAGUAACAGUCAUAAGGAUAACAACUAUUAAGGAAGAUAUUAACAGAGAGCAUCAAAGGUAUGCUCCGUGUUCACUGCUUCCUAAGAGCCAAAUUUGUAUCACACGUGUUGUAACCAUCUCUGAUAAUACCGUCGUCGUUUCUUAGAAAUGAGUUCAAUAGUUUUUUUGUUUUAGCAUAUGACUUCAGUGUCUUCUCUGCAGAUGGAACUUAACUAGGAUAUUAAACAAGUAGCACAAGUUUUGUUCUCCUGUUUUCCAGAUUGUUCGAUCUAUAUCUUAUUUUACUAAGACAACACUUGGAACGGAUGAAUGAUUGGCUGUUGCGAGCUGAGUCUCGAAUAUCAUUGGAUGAUGUGAUAGAACCAACUUAUAAGAGAGUGCAACAGCAAGUCUGGGACCAUCAGGUACAUGCAUGUGUGUUUACUACAUUGGUGGUAAGGGAGAACAUGCAUGAUCGCAGGCCUUCACGUUAUGCUCAAUUAAGACGAAGUACGUGAUAAACAUUCAUUAAGUGACCCAAUUCUCAGACACCUCAAAGUGGCUUGCUCACAACUCACUUGUUUGAAAAUAUAGAAUACAAUGGUCUUCGCAUUAUGCAUGUAGUGCAUAACAGUGAAACGUUUACUUUCACCAGGAUUAAUUGAAUUAUUAACAAUAACAUAUGCCAUUGUCGUCUUAGACUCUUGCUAUUAAAUAUCUGAAAUAUCUCUAAUUAAAAUCUCUCUGUGAAAGGUUUGAACCCAGGAGCCAUUUCAAAAGUAGGUUGAGUUUGAUCGUCCGGGUGAACGUAGUCCUGAAUAGGACUGUUGUUGUUAGGACAGUCGUCUAUUGUUAGUCAAAUUGUCAGUUCUCCAGUCGUUCUCUCGUAGUUAUUGACGAGAUCAAGCAAAACUAACUACGAGAGAACGACUGGAGAACGAUGACCAAUAACAUCGCGACGUAAUUGACCAAUCAGAUCUAUAGCCAGAGUAUAAUACCAUCAACUGACUUUAUACAACUCACUUGUUUCGACAACCUGUGCGGUAGUCAUCUUCAGAGU